AUGCAACGCGACGAUUGUCGCAGAGGCGCGGAUGGGUCAGGUGGCGAUGCGAGGCCGUGCGCUGACGAGGACGGCGGCAGCCACGGCGCUGGACCCGACCUUGUGCUUGGCGGAGGCGAUUUCAGACUCGACUACGACUGCGCCCAAGACCUGUACGACCACCAGGUCGAGGGCAUUAAGUGGAUGUGGGGACUGUACGAGAGACGCCAGGGCGGGAUUCUGGCGGACGAUAUGGGCCUCGGGAAGACGCGGCUGUGCACAUCGUUUUUGAGGGGCCUAUUCAUCGGCCAGCGCACCAGGCGUGUAUUGAUUAUUGUGCCCAAAUCAUUGUUGAGCCGCUGGGAAGAAGAGGUCAUGCACUGUGACCUGCAGAGGAGACUCUUCUUCUUCCAAGGCUCGGACAGGGAGUUUAGUCUUCGGAGGGUUGCUCGGCAUGGUGGCCUUCUCUUGGUUACAUAUGACAUGGCUCGUCAUAAUGUGGGAAGCCUUGUCAAUCCGCCUCAGCAUUGUGUGGAGCUAGCAGAUGAGCAGUGUUUCUGGGAUGUUGUGAUGAUGGACGAGGCCCACAAAGUAAAGAAUCCACGGACAGAGACAUAUCUGAAACUGCGGAGUAUCCCAGCAGGUGUAAGGUUCUUGGUGUCAGGCACACCCAUACAGAACAACUUGAUGGAGUUUCAUGCACUCAUGGACCUGUGCUGCGAGGGUCUUCUUGGCGACCGUGCUGGGUUCAAGAAUCUCUACGAAAAGCCCAUCACACUUGGGCUGGACAGGAAUGCAAGUGAACAACAGAGAGCAUCCAGUGCAAGGCUGGCCAAGCAGCUGAGGGACAAAUACUCACCAUACUUUCUGCGAAGGGAGAAGAAUGCUGUUGCAAUUCAGAAAACCUACCUGGGCCAGACGGCUGCAGCUACCCAGAAAACAGCAGUUGAUGAGACUAGUGAGCGACUGGGUAGCAAGAAUGACCUCAUUGUGUGGCUGAAGCUGCAGCCGAUGCAAAGGAAAAUAUAUGAGCUAUUCUUGCAAUCGGAUGCUGUGAAACGGGCAUUGAACAAAACUGCUUCCCCGCUGAGCGCCAUAGAUGUUCUCAGGAAGAUCUGUCUGCAUUUCUCCCUUCUGUCCAAACGAGCUGCUGAGGUUGUCAUUCAUGGCAAACAAUUCUACAAAGACAUCUGGGACGACUCAGAUGAGGAGCAAGACGAGGAAGGGGAUGCAAGCGAAACUGAAGAAGACGCAGAAUGCUGUCCCUCUGUCUGUGAUGGGGGUCCUCUGGGGUCUGUGGACCUAGACAACGUCAAUGUUGAGCAGCAGUUAAUCGCUGCUGUGAAAACGAUGGGGUGGAAAGCUUCUUGCAAGACGGUGUUUGUAGUUCAGCUCUUGGAGCAACUAUGGAAGAGGCAGCAUAGGGUGCUGGUAUUCAGCCAGUCGAGGAAGAUGCUUGAUAUCCUUCAAGCUGCGCUGAAGGGCCGCAAAUGGACUUUUGUGAGGAUAGAUGGAACCAUCGCCUCAGCUGUUGAGCGCCAGAACAUUGUGAACAGGUUCCAGAAUGAUGCCAGUGUCUUUGUCUGCCUUUUGACAACCAAAGUUGGUGGUUUGGGGCUGAACAUGACUGCAGCAGAUCGAGCCAUUGUGUUGGACCCCUCAUGGAAUCCUUGCGUCGACGACCAAAGUGUCGAUCGCAUUUACAGAAUCGGACAGGUGCACGAUGUUGUGGCAUAUCGUCUCAUGACUUGUGGGACAGUUGAGGAGAAGAUUUACAGAAGGCAGGUCUUCAAAGGUGGUGUGUGGAGAACAGGAUUAAAAGGGGUGAAGGAGGGUUUGCAGAAAGGCCACUUCACCCAACAGGAGUUAAGAGACAUAUUCAGCAUUACUCCUGAAGGUUUUGAGCGCUCUGAGACCUGUGCUCAACUCAGACACCUUCAGCAUCCACAAAGGAGCGAAGAAUUGAGGCCACACAUUGAAGAACUUGCAUGCAUGUCAGGGGUGAAGGGGAUAACCCACCAUGACUUGGUGUUCCUGAAGAAGGAGAACGCCAAUCCCAAACCAAGUGAAAGAAUUCAGCCCAUCCAAAGCCUGGCAGGAGACGUCAGUAAUCUCACGAAGCAAAUCCGUCGUUUAAGCGUCCAGCCAGAUGCCGUGCAGCAGGAAACUAGGGCUCUGAAAUCUACGCUGAAAGACAAGAACAGUCAGCUGGCAAGGAUUGAAGGCAUUAUCAACGACUCCAGUCUUUGGGCUAGUCUUCCUGAUCAGGGUGCAAAAAUGCUGGAAAAGAAAGGCAGGCUGGAGGCCGAGGUGGCAGAGAUCCAUAAUAGGCUUGCUGAACUUGGUGCCUGCACUGCAACUUGCUGUGAGCUAGAUGAGUGA